AUGGGCCAGACCAAUGUACAGCCUGCAGAACAGCAUAGCAGUGGUAAAGCAUUGGCGCGAGGUGGUGUCAAAGGGUUUAUCGAGGAAUUAACUAGAAUUUUACCUAUCGAACAUUGGAAAAUGCUGUAUGAAGAAAAAAUGGAGAAUAGCUCGGCUUUUCUUCAGUUUAUGAUUAAUCUACGAAAAUUGGACUACUUGCAGAUUCAGCAUUUCUACUUGUGUUCCAAAGAAUUACGUUCGUUCGUACAGGUAUUACGCAGCUUUGGCGUAGAUAUUGACCACUGGGAGGAGACGAUAAGAUGUGAUGAGGGGAGCGGUUUUGACCGCAUGCUUGACAAUUUUUUCAUUGAUAAGGGUUGCUACUUGAGAACAGAACGACAAAAUCGGUAUAUAAGCUAUCGAUGUUCGCCUGAGAUGGUUAUACGGAAAAGAGUAAAGAAGAGUUUAAAAUCAAAAGCCGUUCAAUCAAAACUAAGAAUGAAGGUUGCAGUCCUUUUCGUUGCCUGUUUAGUAGUGUCGGUAUCUUGUGCACCAACCCAGCUCUCAUUGCAAGAUGAUUUGGAUGACUUUGUCGCAAUUCUUCCACUAGAAGAUUUAAAGAAACUAGCGUUCCGUUACAUUCUUGACAAAGAAGUGCAGGCCGCGAUAGCAUAUUUGCAGGAUGAGGAAUUCUCAGCCGUAUGGGACCAAUUCUUCGCCGUGGCUGAAGUUCGUGAUCUGUUGAACUAUUUGGAGGAGGCUGGAAUACCCGCAUAUGAUGCUUUAAACACUGUGGCAGAGUUUUUGGGAUUGAAGCCAUUGAAACCCAAGGGAAAACUCGCUACCACCGGAGGAUUAAAAGGUUUGCUUGAUGAGCUGCUGGAAUUAUUGCCGCUCGCUGAUUUGGAGGCGUUGUUUGAAGAAAAGCUAGUGAGCAGUUCCGAAUUCAAGGCUUUGUUUGAAAGGCUGCAAAAUUUUGACUACAAACAAGUGGAAGAUUUGUAUGAGAACUCUGCUGAAGUACAAUCGCUAAUUCAAAAGUUGCGUGAUCAUGAUAUUGACGUAGAUCUUAUUGUCGAACUGGUGAAAUCAUUCUUCGGAUGGAAAUAAAAGUAUAAUCAUCGAUAAAUGGAAAAAUUAGGUUUGUGAAUAAACAAAAACUGCAAAUUAUGAAACGCUGCUAUUUUUUAGGGAUAAUUCUAAAGAAAAGAAACGUAAACAAAAGGUUAACCUCAUAAAACGCUAUACAUGAUUUCAACUCAAAUACCCAACGGAGCUCCUUGUAUUGAUUGUAGCAUAAAGGUAAAUUAGAUUAAUUCUCGGCACGAAUUUUAAGAUGUUCUGAAUUUACCAAAAGAUGUAACAUUUAUUUUUUCAAGCUCUUUUCCAACAUCUUUGUCUGAAUCUCACCUUUAAAUCUCUUUUCAUUGAAUAUCCUACAUCCCUGGCAGACACAAAUUUGUGUUUUGAUUAAUGAGGUAAACAGCCAUAAUCAGGAAAAUGGUAUAAUGGAUGUCAUGCACCGCGGUGGAUCUGUGUUGUGGCAAUAUUGUGCCUUAUUACGCGAGCGGCUUGGAGGAUUUUCCUUUUAAUUUGCCAUUCGGAAAUAACAAUGGCGCCUUACAAAACGUGACACUUGCAAAUAUCAUUCUUAGGCAUUAGUGUCGAAAACAACUGAAUGCCAAACAAUAUGAAAAGAAAGAUGAUAUUUGAAGACAUUUGAUUUGGAUUGGGACAGUUCACAUGAAUAAGUUCUUUAUUUAUUUGGACAACAUUGUGAAAAUUCAUUUGUAAAAGUGUCGUUUGCAAAGCUUUUCACGGGAUUGCUAUUGCGCAUGAAUGAAAUUCGGGGUCCAGUGAAAAACUACUGUGGAGUUUUGAGCUUAAUAAAUAAUUUUCUUGAAACAUUUAUAGGACUAUAUUCGUCUAUUUUAAAAUAGAUCGAGCGUUUUUUCGUAACGAGAAUUUAGUCUUUACGAACCGGCCCUAUGCUUCCAUCAAAGACAUCUGGUUUUCUUCUUUUGUAAAAUGACGCAUAAUAUUAUUUUGAGUAAUGGCUCAUUUAAACUAACCUAGGAACAGUGAAAAAUAUCCAGA